AUGGCGAUGAUGAUGACUGGCCGUGUGCUGCUGGUGUGUGCCCUCUGCGUGCUGUGGUGCGUUGCCGGCGGUGUUUAUGCGAGGGACGUUGACACCAACGCACUGGGUGGCUGCAUGGCGUCGGGAGUGUUGGGUGAGAAUGGAUCCCACAUGCCUGACGGAUGCAAUAAAACGGCGAUUACGGUGCCUUUGCGGUCAGUACUGCCCAUUACUGCCAUUGAAGCUUCGACUGGAAAAGGUGAUGCUCUCGCACCAAAGAACAAUUCGAAUUCAAGUGAGACUUCCGACGCUGGUGGUUCUGGUUCUGGCUCUACUGCUGGCCCUGCUGGUCCUGCUGCUGCUGGUGGUGGAGGCAGCGGAACUUCUACUGGAGGUCAAGGCACCGGUGGCAUUCCUUCUGGUUCUGCUGGCCCUCCUCCUCCUGCUACUCCCGCUCCUCCUUCUGGUCCUCCUGCUGCUCUUGGUGCCGGGGCUCCUGCUGCUGGCAGCGGUGAUGGUGAGGCGGGGUCCCCAGGCAGUAAUUCAUCUAACACAGCAGGGGACUCUCAAACAGGAGUUCAGACGCCUGCUGCAGCAGCGGCUCACAACUCCACGCCAGCUGAAGGACCGACAAGGACGACAUCUGGCACUGGACACAAAGGACAGGAAGAAGAAGAGGAAGAAGAAGAAGAAGAAAAUGAAAAGCAGCAGCAAAGUGGUGAAGCACAAGUCCAACAACAACAACAGCAUGAACACCCCGCGGAAAGUGGCGAAGAAUCCGCGAAAGAUAAAAACGCCCUUCGUACAAAUGCCACCGCAAAUACAGGCGACAGUGACGGCAGCACCGCGGUCUCCCACGCCACCUCCCCUCUUUUGCCUCUUCUUCUUGUUGUUGUGUGUGCUGCUGCGGUGGUGGCCGCGUGA